GUUGCUGACGUCGCUUAUACGCUCAAGUUCCAAGAUCGUCAGUUUUGCGCUGUAUUUCUGCUGGUUGGUCGUGUAUUAAUUUAAUGAAAAAAGCACCGUUCACUUCAGAAAUGCAGCGGAGCACUCGCAAACGACCAGUCCCUCCGCCUGAGUGUGAGGGGGCUGCCCCUGUGGAUGGUGAGGAGGGAGGAAGGAAAAGACAGAAGAAGAUGGACCCCAAGGGCCAACAACAGAGAGGUGCUGUCAAGGGGCGUAAGACGUUAACCACUAAGAGAAGGAACAAAGCACUGCAGAAAACCGAGGCAGCGCAAAGUGGAAAUGAACCAUCCUCAUCCAAGGAUUUAAGUGAACCCUGCAGAGCAUCCUUAGAGGAUCUAUAUAGCAAAGGGGCACUUCUUGGAAAGGGAGGGUUUGGCACCGUAUUUUCAGGAAUAAGAAAAACUGAUGGGAUGCCGGUGGCCAUCAAAUACAUCUCGAAGGAGAAAUGUACCAAGCAGCUAAGAAUGCCUGGACAAGAGAAGCCACUCCCCAGAGAGGUGGCUUUGAUGGUGCACUUAAGCUUAGAGCCAACGUGUCCUACCAUUCUAAAGCUUAUUGAAUGGUUUGACUUGCCCAGUGAGUACGUCUUGGUGUUGGAAAGACCUGAGCCAUGCCUUGACCUACAAGAAUACUGCAGGAGCCUAGGGGGCUUCAUUAGUGAGGAGGUGGCGCGGCAUGUGCUCAUGCAGUUGCUCGAAGCCCUGAGACACUGUGACAGCAAAGGCGUCCUGCAUCGAGAUGUGAAGCCAAGCAACAUCCUCAUACAGAUCAAGACGCUAGAACUGAAGCUCAUAGACUUCGGCUGUGGAGAUAUUUUGAAGGACGAUACAUACACUAAGUUUGCAGGAACAAAAUUUUACUGCCCCCCAGAGGUUUUUACAAUAGGAGAGUACUUGGCUAGCCCUGUCACAGUCUGGUCUGUGGGAGUGACACUGUACAGGAUGGUCUGUGGCACAGUACCCUACAAGAACUUUUGGGAAGCCCUCACAAAACCUCUGGAAGUUCCAGGACGGGUGUCACUUGACUUCCAGCAUUUAAUUCGGUGGUGCCUGUCACUUGAUCCAUCGGACCGGCCAACGGUGGAUCAGAUAAUGAGUCAUCCAUGGCUACAGCAGUGUGUUUGAGAGAGUGGUGCUGACCUACAUCCAGAGCAACAUCCCAG